AUGUCUCAAUCCGGCCGUCCCGAUGCUGUGACCGCUAAAAUUGCCGCACAAUCAAACCGUGCUCAACCCUACUCCUUAAGCACUCCGAGGGUCAAUAAAAACGCAGCCAGUGGCGCCAGCAGUUCAGCUACUCGUGCGGAGCAGCGAUCUCAUCGAGGUCAUGCCUCGAUGCGAUCUGGAAACGAAGCGAACAAUGACGCCGGUGAUAUUUCAAACGACCAAAUCAUGGCUGCAAUUGCGCGGCUAGAUGCUAAGGUAGAGAAAGAGGUUUUGGUACUUUCUGACAAAUUUCAUCAAGAGAUCGAUCAUAUGUCGACGAAGUGUAAUGAAGACAUCACCGCGAUGGCCAACCAAAUCGACGAAGAUUUGGCCUCAAUGGGUGAGAAAAUCGAUAACAAAUUCGUCACCCUAUCCAACCAAGUGGAACAAGUCCAAGAGACUGUGGACAAUUUGUGUUCUCGUCAGCCUGCUCCGGCUAAUGGUGCUCCAGGUGCUGCCGCUGCGACGAUUGGAGCAGCGAACACCGCUGCUCCGUGGAUGUACUCCCCUGAGCUGAAAGCUGCGGUGGAUGCGGCCGCUUACGAAUCGGUGGCGCUGCCUAUCAUCGCCGCUUAUACGAAGCUGGAAACCCCAAAUGGAGACUUCAUCAUGCAUUCUCUAUUCAACACGGUCCGGCAAAAGAUUAGGAACACUCCAGGCACUUGGGCUACCGAACAACUGCCGCCAGUGGUUAAUGGGGUCGCAAAUGUUCAGGCUGCCCAAAAGUAUGCGUCCUUGAUUAAGGACGCUGGGAAACACGCUAGAGAGAAGCUUCACAACUUGGUGUUACACAACAUCAAAAACAACCCUGAGGCCACGGUCCCUUGCCUCAAAAAACUUUUACAUCGUAUCGCCAGACAGUGUGGGAAUACCGCCGACGGCAUUGACGAAGACGUCUAUUGGGCCGGAACGUCUUUGGCUCUGCGGCUGCGUAUCGCGUACCUUCUGAGCGCAACUUGGUGGCAGCGACGCGAAGCCAUACGAAUUUUUCAAUCGCGUCGGGCUGGCGGUGGGGGAGGGAACAUAUGGGCCCGCGUGGAUCUACAGCUCCACCGUUUGAGUGUCCAAGGGUCCUUAUACACUUCUGCGUCAGUCCUCUAA